UAAAAAUGCAAUAAAAGCGAUACCACGGUCUCAUAGAAACCCUAGACGCACUUUGGCUAUAAAUAUAUCAUAAAUCUCAAUGCUAAUACCUCGCUGCUUGCUCCUGCGUGAAAUUUAGGCUGCUUCUUUCUUUUGAUUUCUCUGCAAAUUCUUGUGGUUAGAUUUGGUUAAUAGCAAAUGGGUAAAGAAAAGACUCACAUCAACAUCGUGGUUAUUGGCCAUGUCGACUCUGGAAAGUCGACCACCACUGGUCAUCUUAUCUACAAGCUUGGAGGAAUUGACAAGCGUGUGAUUGAGAGAUUCGAGAAGGAAGCUGCUGAGAUGAACAAGAGGUCAUUCAAGUAUGCUUGGGUGCUUGACAAACUUAAGGCAGAGCGUGAACGUGGUAUCACCAUUGACAUUGCUCUCUGGAAGUUUGAGACCACCAAGUACUACUGCACAGUCAUUGAUGCUCCCGGACAUCGUGACUUUAUCAAGAACAUGAUUACUGGAACUUCACAGGCUGACUGUGCUGUCCUCAUUAUUGACUCCACCACUGGUGGUUUUGAGGCUGGUAUUUCCAAGGAUGGUCAGACCCGUGAGCACGCUCUUCUUGCUUUCACCCUUGGUGUCAAGCAAAUGAUCUGCUGCUGCAACAAGAUGGAUGCCACCACUCCUAAAUACUCUAAGGCAAGGUACGAUGAAAUCGUGAAGGAAGUGUCAUCUUACCUCAAGAAGGUCGGAUACAACCCAGACAAAAUCCCCUUCGUUCCCAUCUCUGGUUUCGAGGGUGACAACAUGAUUGAGAGGUCCACCAACCUCGACUGGUACAAGGGACCAACCCUUCUUGAGGCUCUUGACUUGAUCUCUGAGCCCAAAAGGCCCUCAGACAAGCCCCUCCGUCUCCCACUUCAGGAUGUUUACAAGAUUGGUGGUAUUGGAACUGUCCCUGUUGGGCGUGUUGAAACUGGUGUCCUCAAGCCUGGUAUGGUUGUUACCUUUGGACCAACUGGACUCACCACUGAAGUUAAGUCUGUUGAAAUGCACCACGAGUCUCUCCCAGAGGCCUUGCCCGGUGACAAUGUUGGCUUCAACGUGAAGAAUGUUGCUGUCAAGGAUCUCAAGCGUGGGUUCGUUGCCUCAAACUCCAAGGAUGACCCUGCCAAGGAGGCUGCCAACUUCACUUCCCAGGUUAUCAUCAUGAACCACCCUGGCCAGAUUGGUAACGGUUAUGCACCAGUCCUUGAUUGCCACACCUCCCACAUUGCUGUUAAGUUUGCUGAGAUCCUGACCAAGAUUGAUCGUCGAUCUGGUAAGGAACUUGAGAAGGAGCCUAAGUUCUUGAAGAAUGGUGAUGCCGGUAUGGUUAAGAUGGUUCCGACCAAGCCCAUGGUUGUGGAGACCUUCUCUUCAUACCCACCAUUGGGUCGUUUUGCUGUUCGUGAUAUGCGUCAAACUGUUGCUGUUGGUGUAAUCAAGAGUGUGGAGAAGAAGGACCCAACAGGAGCCAAGGUCACCAAAUCCGCUGUCAAGAAGAAAUAAGCCAAACAUUUAAGCCCUGCAUUUUGUGUCAUUGAGAAGAAUGGUUUUAAUUUGCAAAAUAUGAGAAGACUUUUGGUUUUUGGUACUCUUAGUAGUUCUUAUUUAUUUAGUUUACAUGUCUGUUUUUUGUGUUUUUCUAUUUUUAAUUUUGGUAUGCUGUUUUUGAGUCAUUUUGAGACAUUAAAUUGUUGGAUACUGCUGAGGGUUAAAUGUUUUUAAUCUAAGUUUAAUUUCUCUUCUGCCUU